UUUCGAUGACAAGUAAUGUGGAUUAAUAGUGUAAGCGAUACAACUCAGAUUAAAGUAAGUACAUUGACUAGGAAAAGAAGAAAUCUGCGGAAUAGAGGUCUUCGUUCAUUAAUGGGUGAGCCGUGGAGAUAUCGGUAGCAUUAUUAGUAGUGGAGAGAUGCGAUUGCCAAACACGGUGGUCGUGCUUGGGAUGCUUGGAAGACAUCCAGUACAUGCCGGACAACUGGAAUGAUUGAAGAUCAGGAAAGGCUGUGAGGGCCGAGCCCAUUUGCUCGUAAAAUAUCUGGUCGGGUUCAGGCACGCUCUGCGAACAGAGAUCGCUACUCACGUUGAGUGAAGGCGCAGGUAAGUUACACGUGGAUGUUAUUUGGAGAUAUAUGAUAGAUGGAAGGUAGCGGCCGAGAGUUUCGAGCAACGGAAGUGGCGCCGAGCUGGUCGCGAGGCUCAAUGCGGCGAUCGGCGUCGUGGACUGGGCUAGAGCUGCUGCCGUAAGUUCCGUGAAAUCACCUGCAGAGAUAAAUAUGCUCUCGACAGGGUUCCCAGGAACCAACGCAGCGACGGCUUCAGCACAUCCCGUAACUUCGGCUAGACGUGGCAUGGGAGGAACCGCCAGAGUUGGGGAAAGAGACGGGGAGUCUCCGACUUGGAGGGCGCGAAGAACUGGGACGUUUGCUAGCCAACGGAGAACGCGUGCAUCCAAUGGAAACGAAGAAGAGAAGGACUGUAGCCGAGGAUACAUGAGGUUGCCUGGCAGGAUCCAACCCGCUGUCUCAUCUACGGCGAGAUCCAGGGUGAUGAGGCCGGGCAUGCUCGACAGCGCAAUGGCCAGUUGGCGGUAGAAGGCGCCCAGAGGACCCGGUGUCGCGUCCUUUCCCGAAAAUAGAUUCAGGGAAAAGUGCCGGACAUAGCUGGAGAGGUCCCUGCGCCGGGAAAGGAGGAUGAGGGUCGAAAGCGACGCGUGCCCUGGGAGUCUGGAGCGCGAGAUGACGAUGUCGCGGUACAGGGCGCGAAGUGCGAUCGAGGACAGAUGCGCGUCAACGAGUGCCAAGGAGGCAAGGUCAUGAGCUCGAAGACAGCUUGCGACGUUAUCCCAAAGCUCGACGGGAAUCGCACGGGUCAUGGGGGGGAGGGGAAAGAUGGAGAUGUAACAUCCAGUGCAGUCUUUUAUGGGAUCGCACAUACAUGUUGAGUGAUAGAGAGAGAACACGUCAAAUGCACUUCAAUGAUCCCGCAAACUGUCAUCAACACGACGGUUAUCUCUUCCACUCCGUCUGCUUCGCACAUGCGUGUUCUCGUGCACUGCAAAUCUGUUCCGAGAUUUCGCUCCUAUUCGAGCACACCACUCAAACCUCAUUCAGCGCCAUUCCCCGCACGCACUCAUAAUUGUGGCGUGCUGACCGCCGCAGACGUUGGUUCUCGUGUCGUUCUCACUGGUUGGCUCCUGCCUGAGCGCAAGGGUGGCAAGCUCUUGUCCUUCUAUCCUCUUCAGGAUUCUUUUGGCACAACACAGCUGGUGGUCAAUCACUCUUCGGAUCGAUCCUCUCUUUCGGACAUUCCCACCGAGUCCGCUGUCUUAAUUGAAGGCACGGUCGUUGCCCGGCCUCAAGCCGCCAGACGACCUGGCCCGACCGGUGAUAUUGAUGUCCACGUCGACCGACAUAUCCUAUUAAACCCCGCCGACGCCAAUCUACCGUUUUUCCCAUUGAGCGGACGGACUUUGCCAAACGACGAGCUUAGGGCUCGUUUCCGGUAUCUGGACCUCCGUCGUCCAUCUUUGUCGUCAAAUCUGCGAACCCGUAGUCGAGUGUCGCAUCUAGUGCGCAAUUCGCUCCACGAACUGGAUUUUACCGAAGUUGAGACACCGGUUCUCCUUCGGUCAUCCCCCGAAGGAGCACGAGAGUUCCUGGUUCCCACGCGUCUUGCGACGGCAGUGGAUGAGCCAAGAUUUUUUGCCCUGCCACAGUCGCCACAGCAGCCAAAGCAGCUCCUGAUAUGUUCAGGCGGCGUCGAUAAGUACUUUCAGAUCGCGAAAUGCUUCCGAGACGAAGAUGGCAGGAAGGACAGACAACCGGAAUUCACCCAGAUCGAUCUAGAAAUGGCCUUCGUCUCUUGGGGAAAAGCGUCUGAAAGCACUGACGGCUGGCGAAUCGGAGGCGGAGAAGUCCGCACCGUCGUCGAGAUGCUUGUGAAGAAGAUCUGGAAGGAGGUUCUGGAUAUCCAACUUGAGACAACGUUCAGGGUCAUGACCUACAGCGAAGCGAUGAAGCGGUAUGGAUCUGACAAGCCGGAUACUCGCUUUGGACUAGAGAUUGUGGACGUAACACGUUUCUUGCCGUCCGAUGUUCGAUCUGCUCUCGAAGCCGAAGACCAGGUCCUGGAAUGCAUCCCCGUGCGACAGUCCAUGGAGUCCGAGCUGAUGCAUGCUGCUCGCAAAUGCGAGUUUAGCUCGCCUGUAAGACGAGUCGUUUUCACUGAAAAGAAUGCUUCGCAAUGGCUGGCUGGGACCGCGGGCCAAGAUGAUAGCGUCAACCAAGAGCUUGGUUUGCAGGCCGGCGACGUGCUCUGGACAUGCAUAAGCCCCAAAACUCCCAGCGGUGGAUCCACACUUCUCGGGCAGGUUCGCCUCCAAAUGUCAGAGUUGGCCCAGGCCUCAGGUGCGGCUUCUCAGGGGUUCUGCAACUUUCAAGCUCAAAGUCGCAUAGGAAGGCUCGUGCUGGAUGCCCAACCGCACUUUCUAUGGAUUACCGAAUUCCCGCUGUUCACUCGGGCUGACGGGGACAAAGAGUUCCUUGCACAGGGCAGAUGGAGCAGCAGCCAUCAUCCGUUCACUGCUCCAAUGUGGGAGGACAUCGCGGCCAUGUAUGCGGGAGACAUCGCCCAGGCAAGUCUUGUUGCCGUGCGGGGGCAGCACUACGAUCUGGUCUUGAAUGGGACCGAGAUUGGGGGUGGCUCUGUCCGCCUGCACGAUUCUGAAAUGCAGGACUACAUCUUCUCCAACGUUCUUCAGUUGAAUGAACAAGAAAAGGCGCCCUUUGCCCAACUGAUACAUGCUUUGCGAUGUGGCGCUCCCCCACAUGGAGGCAUCGCCCUUGGAUUCGACCGACUGAUGGCUAUCCUCUGCGGGACAGCAUCGAUCCGGGAUGUGAUUGCGUUUCCCAAAACGAGCGUGGGCACAGACCUGCUGUUCAAAAGCCCAGCCAAAGUGGAAGGAAGAAUUCUGGACCAGUAUGGUAUCCAGGCCCAGGCAUGAAGAAGAGUGUACAGCGAAAAAGUACAACGGAUAUAAACUAGAUUUAAUGACAUAUAAUACCAUAGGCAGCAUAAUCUGAACGAACACCUCAACUCGCAACAGGCUCUGGCUCAGACCCAUUCAGAUGCGGGAAAGAGGAUAGCGUGGGCGUGUCUCCAUCCGACUUGGCCGACUCGGAAUCAUAUGGCGUAUGUCCGUAGACAUAUGCCCAGGAGUUCGCUUCCGGCGGAGGAGGUGAGAUGCUUAGCGGCUCGCUGCGAUCUUCACUGGCUUGUCGCGAACGAGACUCAUCUAUAGGCAUGAGCACACUUCGAAGCAUCGACUCAGAUUUUCGCGAGUGUCGACCAGUGGUGGCGCUCUGUUUCCUCCCGGUGAACGGCGGAGAGAUCGAUCGAGGCGGUGAUGAAGGUUGAUCUUCCCAUUCGGGAGACAGCGAUGGGAACGCGACUGUUGUUGGGUUCGGAACCAUCCAUGGAGGUGUCGGCAUCGGACUGGCCGUGGUUGGAGUCGUGCUGGUCAUAAUGGAAAGGGGCGCAAGGAUGCUGAAAAUCUGGUCCUCAGGUUGUGGGGCGCCAUACGAAUCGAACGGAUCUGGAAUGGCUUGAAGCAUUGGUUCGAUGAUAGGAUCCGACCUAUUUCAAAAGAAGGUUAAGUCAUUUAUCGACCAUGACCUCGAUAGUGACGAACGCUUUAGAUGUGAAUUUGUCG